UGUUUUCGCUGUCCAAUUUCCAACGAUAUCAGAAAGCACUUCUACAUUCCCCGAAGAUGGCUUCGACUGAGGUCCCAUGGCACGCGGCGUAUCCCGCCCCAAAAAGGGUCGCGAACAUCCUAUCUCGGCCCGCUUUUUUACAAUGGCUUAAACAAGGCAAGACAGCGGGAAAGGAUUUCGUCUUGGUGGAUGUCCGACGCGCUGAUUACGAGGGUGGCACUAUCAGGGGGUCGAUCAAUCUUCCAGCCCAGAGCUUGUACCCUACUAUUCCGGCACUCUAUUCGCUUUUGUCGGCGAGUAAGGUGGAAUAUAUUAUUUGGUAUUGUGGGUCAUCGGGUGGUCGUGGAACACGGUCCGCUGGUUGGUUCGCGGAUUACAUCGAAAGUCAAGAGGAUACAACGCUGAAGAGCUUGGUACUAGAAGGUGGGAUUAAAGGUUGGGCUGCGGCAGGACCGGAGUAUACGGACUUGAUGGACGAAUAUGACCCAUCAGUCUGGGCGAAGCUAAGUUCUAAGUAGUUGAAGUGCUCAGCACCUUAUGUGUCCCCGGUUGAUAAAGAUUCAUGAGAUUUUACCAAGAUCUCGUUGCAACGCUAAAAAUGAAGAUUAGAGCCCGCUGUUCUAGUUGUACAUGUAGAAUGGUUUUUCAAUAAACUUGCUCUACCGGGGAUUGUAGGCACUGGAUGAAAG